GCCCUUAGCCUGGCUUUCCUCCUCCUCUCUGGAAUUUUCCUCCUCCCGGCGCCUCCGCUGCUGCAAAGGAGCUCUUGGCAAUCGGCUGGCAUUCACUCUACAGGGCCUGCGGCGAAAACGAGCGACAUCCAGGUGGAAAUGCUGGCCAGCCGGCCGGUUGCGGGGCGACCAAGCGGGAUUUUGCGAGAUUUGCAAGGGCCUCCACCAGGACCUCCAGGAGGGCCUCCACCGGGACCUCCCGGAGGGCCCACAACAACACUUGCACCAGGGCCUACGACAACACCGACACCAGGGCCGACAACAACAGGACCUCCAGGAUACCCUCCACCUAUGCCAGGGCCUACAACAACACCGACACCAGGGCCAACAACAACAGGACCACCAGGAGGGCCUCCACCUAUGCCAGGGCCUACAACAACACUGACACCUGGGCCUACAACAACAGGACCACCAGGACCCACUUCCACACCUCCACCAGGAGCACCAGGAGGGCCAGGAGGACCAACACCACCACCAGGAGGAGGACCACCGCCAGGACCACCAGGGACUCGCCCAACUCCGGGCUGUCCAGCUCUGUGCGGCCAGACCUUUGCUUGCAUCGUCUCGCCUCCGCUUACCAAGCCGGACACCAGCGCGCGCCCACAAUGGACGCCUGGUGGGAACCUGGCACCGUCAGGAGGAUUGCCGUUGAUCAAUGUCGCCGCCCUAAAUCUGCGUGGACUCGAGGACCGUACAUGGGACGUCGAAUGGACUUCUCUGCUCUUCAAGCCAACAACCCUGGGCUACCGGAUUGCGGUGGGCACUCCCUUCGAUACCGGCCCGGGCCUGAUUUUUCCCAGCAACACAACGCUGACACAUCGGUUCAAGGGGAACAGAAGUUCUCUGUUCCAACUUCGAGACGGGUCUGGGCCGGCGACGAACACCAGCAUCCGACUCAGCUACGUCACCUUCUUUCAAGACACCCUGACGGUCUUCGAGAUGGGGUCCCUGGACCCGACGUUCCAGCUCAAGCUCUUGGGAGCCUCGGAUCCGUUGCCGGCACUACCUCCGGCAGAAAGCAUCAGUGAAACCUUCACAUGCAACGAUGGAUGCCAGAUCCCGGAGGUCUACGUGAACGAUUCAUUCUGCGACUGCCCCUUAGAAUGCGAAGACGAGGCAUUCUGGACCUGCGCGCAGUGCGUGGUCGAUGUCGAGGAGCUCGGGAUGGGUCUGGGCGUGGCCACAGUUGCCUUCGCUGUGGGGCUUGGCGGUGGCCUUCCACCGGCUGCGGGUGCUGGCGCAGCUGCUGGCGGGGGCGCGGCUGCUGGUGCCGGUGCAGCUGCCGGCGGUGCAGGCGGUGCAGCAGGCGGUGCAGGUGCUGGUGGUGCCGGUGGUGCUGGUGGUGCCGGUGGUGCUGGUGGAGGAGGCGCCGGCGGAGGCGCUGGUGGAGGUGCUGGUGGAGGUGCUGGUGGAGCUGGUGGAACAGCUGGCGGUGGCUCUGGGAGCUCUGGCAGCGCGGGUGCUGCAGGUGCUGCCUCAACAGCUGCAGCUGCCUUCGUGUCAUCGGGAGAUCUCACAAUUGAAGCUCCACAGCAAGUGAUGGAAUCGGCACAGUUCCAGUCCGCCGUGCAGAGAGCGAUCGCACGCCUGGCGGGUGCAAAUGUCGCGGCAGCGGCUGUGGAGCUUAUUAUUGGCUGCCUGGUUGGGGGGGGGCGACGGCUGACUGUCUCGAGAACGAUCGAUGUCUGUUUUCAGAUCCAGUCUGAUAACCGUGAAGUUAGCGAGGAGAUUUGCCGAAGGCUAAGCUACGUCCAACGACAGGAUGUACAGCGUGUCAUUGCCUCUGAGCUCCUGAGCUCCAGCAUCAGUCCUGAUCAAGUUCGCGUCGUCUAUUACCGGGCAAACCGGAAUCCACAGGCGCCGCCAAAUCCAAAUGCUGGACCCAUUGCGAAUCCCUACCAGCCUGGUGGCGGGGCCAUCAACCUCGGCUGA